AUGGCGGGCCUCACCCGCCUGUCCCGGGACGUGUGCGGGCCUCGCCUGUCUAUCCCAGGACACGUGGCGGGCAACGCCCACCCCUCCCGGGAUACAUGGAGGGCAUCGCCCGCCCGUCCCGGGACACUUGGGAGGUCCCUUGCCCGCCCUGUUCCCGGAGGACACGUGGCGUGUCCUGCCUGCCCGUCCCAGGACACACAGCAUGCCCCACCCACCCGUCCGGGACGUGUGGCGGGCCCCCCCAACCCCAUCCCGGGAAACGUGGGGCGCCACUCCGCCCCGCCCGUCCCGGGACCUGUGGUGGGCACCCGCACGACCCAGGACGCGUUGCAGGCCCUGCCCGCCCAUCCCCGGACACAUAGCGGGCCCUGCCCUCCCGUCCAUGGACUCAUGGCUGACACCCCCCCUCCCCCAUCUGUCCCGGGACGCUUGGGCGGGCCCCACCCGCCCAUCCUGGGACACGUGUGGGAGCCCCGCCCGCCUGUCCCGGGAUGCAUGGCAGGCCCUGCCCGCCUGUCCCGGGAUGCGUGGUUGACCCCGCCUGCCCGUCCCGGGAUGCAUGGCGGGCCCCACACACCCGUCCUGGGAUGCUGGUGGCCCCUCCCCGCCCAUCCCGGGAUGCGUGGCGACUCGCCUUCCUGUCCUGUCAUAGAAAACACCUUUGCUUAG